GGUGUUCGGUCGAAUGGCCGUCAGGUUUGGUCCAGACAAAGGCAGGUAGUCAGGAGCUCCAUCCAGACACACAGGGCUGUCCUGAGCAAGCAGGUUGGAACAGUCAGGAAAGAGAAGAAACCAUGAAGAUGCAGAUCUACUCCGUCUUGCUUUUCUGCAUACUAACAGCAGCAUUGUGGCAUUUUCCUGAAGCAGAAGGUGCAAGUGUGCCAAAAUGCUACUUAUAUGAUCAGAUACCAGGAUGCACAAGAGAUUUUAACCCUGUUUGUGGAACAGAUGGAAAAACAUACUCCAAUGAGUGUAUGCUGUGCUCCUCCAACAGAGACAAUGGCCUGAAAGUUCAAGUCAAAUGGAAAGGCGAAUGCUGAUGUGUUCCUAAUAAACCUUGAGGAGCUUGAGAGGCUGCCCUUUUUCUUUUACAUCAAUAAUCACUUUGUAAAAAAUAAAUUCUGUACAAUUCCAACGUACAGUACAAAGGUGGAAGUAUAAUACAUAGUAAAUAAUGCAGACACACAUGAUUUCACCAGUAUAGGCUUUAAUAUUUGUGUUGCAUGUGCCUCGCAGCCAAAUCGCACCUUCAAAUAGUUAUAUGAUAUCAAGUUGCAGAUAAAUCACGCACAUUAUUUGGUCAUGUGUCUUGAAUUCAACUUCGAGUUGCCUUGUAGCCCUGGCCUAAAUUAUUUGUCACCAACCUUUGAAGCACAAGAGCUCAAAGAAAGAGAAAAAUAUUGGUGAACACUUAAUAAAAAAAUCAGGUGACCUACUCUCUUGUGUUGCUACCUUAUGCAAAUAUAAGUAGAUUGCCUGUAGAAGGAACAUUGCUCACAAAACCAAAAAUACUGACCAAACAUGUUAUCAUGUCUGCUGUGUUAUUGUAAUGUCCCAACAUUAUUGUGUGUCACCUCUAAAAUCUCCCCGCUAAACAUUAUUUAAAACUUACCCACAGCAGACCAAUAAACUUUAAUAGGAACAAAGGAGAUGUCCAGCGCAGUUGAUGCAGAACGUGCCUUUGACUGAGGCCUGACGUUUAAAGGCCAAAACGCGUCACAUGUCUGUGUCCAUGUUCACCACGCUGUGAAGUUUUAUUUUUAAUAAAGAGCACGUUCUGCAUCAACUGCGCUGGACAUCUCCUUUGUUCCUGUUUGCCAUUAGCGGCGUUGCCCACGCCAGUCCGUGCGCACCGACCUUGGGAGGUGAGCUGGACUACACCUGUGUCUACUAAUAAACUUUAAUGCACUGAACAAGUCUACUAGUGACUACGUUCAAUUUGUUUCCUAUAUAUAUUUUCAUGUUGCAGGGCUAAAGAGCACAAUAGAUCACUAUUUUGAGUCAUGCAAAAUAAAAGUAUAGGUUCUGUAAAUAGACCAAAUGUAAUCCCUAAUAGACUAUGUUAGGUCCAGAAAGCAGAUGGGCACAGCAUGGUAUAUAUAGGCAUAACUUUUUAACCGUAUUAUUCCAUAUACCAGUGACCAGUGUGCUCAGUCAUCAUGUAAACCCAACUUUAAUGAGAUGACUGAAUAUAGCCAAUAUUGGUUUAUGUGUUCCAUCUCAUCUUUCACCUUUUUGAUAUAUGGUGAUAGUUUUCUAUCAUACUCGAAGGGGUUAUCCAAAGAUGAACAGCGGAGCCUCCACCAAUACCAGCAAUGGAUUAUAGUUGUACCCCAAAUCAAAGGAAAUCUUGUAAAAACCAAAACAGUAGAGCUCCUAUUAGAACAGUACGCCCCUUCAGAUUUAGAGAGUAAAUGGUAUAGAGUACCCCUCCCAGAGAACUGUUCACCUUGUUUUGUGUAUGAGCAUGAGUACUGCCUCCAGGUAUCUGAUGGGAUAGCAUGAGACUGCCGAUAUGCAGUGUGUGUGUGU